AUGAAGUUCCUCGCAUGCGCAGGAAGCGAUCAUCUUGAUAAAAGAUCUACUGUGGAAGCGCAGGUGCUAGAGUCAAACCCUUUGCUGGAGGCGUUCGGCAAUGCAUGUACACUUCGUAACGACAAUUCUUCUCGCUUCGGGAAGUUUAUUGAAAUGCAGUUCAAAUUACAAAAUCAAAGCAGCAGCAGCAGCAGCAGCAGCAGCAGCAGCAGCAGCAGCAGCGGGCCGCUCAAGUAUAGGGGGAGGUUGUGCGGCGCUCGCAUUCAAACAUAUCUGCUGGAGAAGGUUCGAGUGUCUGUACAGCAGGAAGGAGAGAGAAACUUUCAUAUAUUUUAUCAGUUAUGUGCUGCUGCUGCUCGAGCGCAGCAGAAUGGGGGUAUAUACACUUUAAAUCCUGCAGCAGCAGCAGCAGCAGCAGCAGCAGCAGCAGCAACAGGAACCACAGGCAUUGCCCAGCUCCAAGCCGAUACAACAGAUCCAGCAACUGCAGCAGCAGCAGCAGCAACAGCAGCAGCAGCAGCAGCAGCAGCAGAACCUCUUCGUAUUGAUAUGAGUAGAUACGAACCUCGUGAAAACUUUAAAUAUUUAACCUGCAGCAGCUGCGCUCAGCUGCAGGGUGUAGAAGAUGAAGAAGCAUUUGCUGCUACAGCAGCAGCAAUGCAGAUCCUACAGCUGCCUCAACCGACUAUUCAAAAUAUCUGCGAUGUUGUUGCUGCUGUUCUUUGUCUAGGAAAUAUAUCUUUUGUCCCGUCAGAGACAGACAGUGAUGCUGCUGCUGUCUCUUCUGCUGCUGCUGCUUAUUUAAAUAAAGCAGCAGAUUUGCUGUCUAUACAACCCAAUGCUCUCGAAGAGGCUCUCUCCUUCCGCUCUAUCAAAACAACAACAGAAAUACUCAAGAAGCCUUUACGCCCUGAAGAAGCAGCAGAAGCACGAGAUGCCUUGGCUCGUGCGGUGUAUGGGCACCUCUUUCAUCAAAUUGUGCAGCUUACAAAUAAAAGCAUUGGAUUUGUUUCUAGUGCUGCAGCAGCAGCAGAUGCAGCAGCAGCAGCAGCAGCAGCAGUAGAUGCAGCAGCAACAGGAGAUGCAGAUACAGCAGCAGCAGCAGCAGCAGCAGCAACAGGAAGACGACGAUUAGAGAAGGAAGAAGCAAAGAUAUUAUUUUGCGGUGUAUUAGAUAUAUUUGGUUUUGAAUGUUUCGCGAAGAAUUCCUUAGAACAACUUUGUAUAAAUUAUGCGAACGAGAGGCUGCAGCAGUUUUUUAAUUCUUUUGUAUUUCUUUGUGAAGAAGAAUUAUAUAAAAAAGAAAAUAUACGUUGGAGCAGCUUAGACUUCGCCGGGAAUGAUGCAUGCGUUUUGCUGCUGCAGCAGAAGCCCUACGGUUUAUUUGCUCUUCUAGAAGAAGAAGGGUUUAUACCUGGCGGAAGCAGCAGAGGAUUUUGUAAUAAACUUAUUAAAAGAUAUGCUCCUAGCAGCAGCAGCAGCAGCAGCAGCAGCAACAGCAGCAGCAACAGCAGCAACAGCAGCAGCAGCAGCAAUGAUCCUGCUAGCCGCUUCGGCGUAAAUAAGAGGAAGCAGAAUUGCUUUAUAAUUAAACAUUUUGCAGGCGAUGUAGAGUAUUGUACUGAUGGAUUUGUCGAAAAGAAUAAAGAUAUAUUAUCUGUAGAUCUACAAGAAGCAGUUGCUGCUUCAACGAACGCCUUCAUAGCCAGCCUCUUUUCUCCUACCCAAGAAGAUCAGCAGCAGCAGCAGCAGCAGCAGCAACAGCAGCAACAGCAGCAACAGCAGCAACAGCAGCAGAGGCGUCGUAAGGGUCAAACAGUAUGCGGAGCAUUCGGAGAGCAGCUGCAUAGUUUGAUGAGUGCAAUUGAGAAGACAGAGCCGCACUUUGUCCGAUGUAUUAAACCAAAUGCAGAUAAUAGACCUGAUAUAUUUGAACGACAUUCUGUAAACGAACAGCUAAAGUGCGGCGGUGUACUUCAAGCUGUUCAAGUCUCUAGAGCAGGCUAUCCGAUUCGUUUGCUGCAUGCAGAAGCUAUUCGCGAAUAUAAGCCUUUAGCUUCUCCUAAACUGCAGCAGCAACUCCUCACCAUGCAGCAAAACCAGCAGAAGCAGCAGCAGCAGCAGCAGCACUGGAGGGAAGCAGCAGGAUUGCUGCUUCAAGAAUUAAAUAUUGCUUUCAGCUUAGGACCUGCUAAUGCCUCUCUCUCUGGAGGCGAUGAGGGGUCUACUUGGGCUGUCG